AUGGAGCUUCAAGUGAUGGACAGUAACGUGCCAGCCAUGACGGACUGCAGUGCAACGUUUCCAGGUGGUGCCGUUGGCUCUUCGUGCGACAUCGACGCCAGUUUCGCUCUGCCGGUUCGACUCCGCUCAGCACCGCGGCGCCCGGAGACACGGCGGCCAGGGCGGCCAGGGCGGCCAGCUGCCGAGCGCUUCCACCCAUCGACCUCCGUUGCAGGCCUGUGCCUAGGAGCUGCUGGAGUCGCUGCACAGCGUGGCCGUCGCGUGCUGCAGAGGCGGCGUGACUCGAAGGUUCAGCCACGACCGCGAAGCAUACUGUCGGCCAGUAUGCUGCCCGAGGGCCCAUUGGUGAAAGAAAAGCGGGGUGCAGGCUCGGGAAGGCUCGGCUAUUCCCAGAAGUAUGCAGAGGAGGACGACUACGAGGAAGAAGGGCCAAUGACGACUAUCCUUGAUUUCAACAACACUGAGGAGCGCCUCGAAAGAAUCAAGGAUGUGACACGAACACCUGUCACGCUGCUGACUGGCUUUCUAGGCUCAGGAAAGACCUCACUGCUCAAGCACAUACUCGAGAAUCAAGAGGGUGUCCGAAUCGGAGUUGUGGUCAACGACGUCGCCGCUGUAAACAUUGAUGCUCAGCUGAUCCAGAGGUACGAGAAGAAUGGUGCGAUUGAGAUUGCGGAGCUUGCUAAUGGAUGUGUUUGCUGCACGGCAUCUGAUGAUCUGGUGGCAUCAGUACAAGAGCUGGUGAACAGGUCUUAUGGAAGGCCGUUCCAUCACGUGGUGAUCGAAAUGAGCGGUGUUGGUGAGCCAGAAGCCAUUAGGCGGCAUUGGGACAUCGGCGUGGAAGUGGGCAUGCCUGCCACUUUGCUCACGGAGAUCAAGCGGACGAUCGCAGUCGUGGAUGCCAGCCUCUUUGGGAACGACUGGAUUGACAGCCGAAAGGCGUCUGCUAGGAACGAGCAGGGCAUGCCGCUGCCACACAAAGGCUUCGAGACGGUUGGCCAGCUUCUAGCUGAGCAGGUCGAAAAGGCCGACCUCGUGUUGAUGAACAAGAUUGAUCUCGCCAGUGAUGAGGAAGCAAAGACCACCGAAGAGGUGCUGAGGGCAAUCAAUGGCGAUGCUGAUGUGAUUCGAUGCAGCUACGGCAAGGUGAGCCCCAUCGAAUUGCUCCCGGAGAUCCCCGAGGGGAUCAAGUAUCCCGAGUUCGGGCGAGGACGGAACUACCGUUGGGCACAGAACCCUCAAGUUCUGCAGCUCCGCGUCAAGGUUCCUGCCGACGCCAAGUCGAAGGACAUCAACUUUGACAUCGGCCGAACUUGGCUACAGAUAUGGGUGCAGGGCGAGCAGGUGCCUCGACUACAAGGAAAGCUCUUCGGUCGGCUGAAGGGAAUCGAGGAAUGGAUUUGGGAGCUGGAGGGCGAAGGCGAUGACCGUCAUGUCGCGGUUUUUCUCGAGAAGAGCAAGGAGGGCAUGUGGGAGGACAUCUGGCAGAAAGACCUGCCCGAUGAGCCGGCGCAAGAGCACGAGCCGGUGGCGGCGGCAGAGGAACUCGCGGAGGGCGGUCCCGGGGUGGCCCGUGGAGGUGCCCAAUCUUCCCGGGGCAGGCAACGACAUUUUGCGAGGAACGGCCGUGCAGCUGGCAGAAGAUUUGGCAUCCGAACCUUCACUUACGAGCGACGCAGGCCUUUCAGCGCAGUCCGCCUGCAGAGGUUGAUCGAAGAUUGGCCCUUGCCGCGGAAGAAGCAGGCUUUCGGCUUGGGCGAGCUAGAGGUGGCUGCAGAGGUCGAGGGCCUUCAGGCGCUGAAGCCCAUUCUGCGGUCCAAAGGAUUCUGCUGGGUGGACUCCGAACCUUUUCGGGUCAACGAGUGGUCUCACGCGGGCAGGUCUCUGUCGGUGCUUCCAAAGGACUGGUGGUGGGCCGUCUUGAAGCCGGAUCAGUUGAACUUCCAAGUCUGUUACCCCGGUGCGAAGGCGCAGUUUGAGCGAGCGCGCCGGGAGAAGUGGCAGGAAGAGUGGGGGGACAGACGGCAAGAGCUUGUCUUUAUCGGUGGGCCGGACAUGCGCGAGCAGUGCAUUUCCAAGAUUCUGGACAGCUGCUUGCUCCGGGACUCCGAGCUGGAGCAGUUCAGAGAAAGCACGGCAGAUACGUAUCCCCCUGAUACCUACUUCGGUGUCGAGGGCCUACUUCGCCAAAUGGGGGAGGACCCUGCAGCUUUCGCAGAAGGUUCUCAGUCAGAUUCCCAGGCAGAAGUCCUCAAUGGCUCCAGCGAUGCAGGCACCUACGACGUGGAGCUGUCCCAGCCAGAGCCAGAAGACCCUAAACCCGAUUCCACGGGCGAAAGUGCAGGAGCCCGCCAGGCAGUGCUGCUACCCGAGGCUGACGAUAGCGAUCGGCUCAGAACGCCGCAGCCAUCGGCGGGUCUGGGCGGCAGCAUGGUGCCAUGGUGCGUGUGCAGAUGGCUGGAAGAGAGGCUGCUCGCCGCUGCCCUCCUCCUAGUCCUGCUGGCGAGUGCUGCUGCCGGAGAAAAAUGCGAUCUAAACAUCCCACACAGGCCCAGACAAGGGCAAACAUUGAAACUUAUCAAGCGCGACUGGGCCUCUCACCAGCUUGUCACGGAAGUCGCGGCUAUUCUACUGGAAGAGAUUCUUAUGUACGACGUUGUCCGCGUGCAUCCGGACCUAGGCCCUGUUCAUGAUUUCAGAGCGAUUUCUCUGGGGGAGGCGGACGCAAACUUCGAAGUUUGGCAGGGUGGUAAAGAGGCACAAAUAGAGGAGUGGGUUCGUCGUGGCGAUGCUUUCGUGGCGAACUCUCACAGCACGGUUGCCGCCAGUGGCCUGUACACGUUGAAGCAUACCGUGGACAGAUAUCCUGAAGCUGCCUUCUAUCAAUAUUUGCAGACUCCCAGGCUUCAGUGGAUAUUUGCAAGACAGGAGGUUGCGGGCGAGGCUGCCGCCGAUCCCACUGGCUUGUGCGCGGAUCCAGAAUGGAACUGCACCAACUUCACGUGGCAACCACCGGCCUGCCGGGAACACAAAAUGCGCUGUUUGGGUCUGGUCUUCCAUGACUACACGCACUACACGCAAGGCAUUCUUGAGCAGCAAAUCGCCAACAAUGCCUUGCCGCUGGCCGUGCAGUACCUGACCACCGUUUCCAAGGAAAGGGAGAUUUGGGAGGCUUACGCUUCGAAGCGCGACAUCCUGUUCCAGCAUCACUACCCAGAUGCCGGAGUGGAUGGUGUCCCCUCAACCAGCUUCGUCCCCAUCCACUUCGCACCGAAGAAGUACGGCUGCAACUCCACGGAGACCCGCUUCCCUACGGGAGGGUUUGAGUGUCGCCUGGACGGGAAGCCGCUCGAGAUCCUCGUGUCACCAAAAGUCGAAGCGUCUCCGGACGCGAAGCAUUUCGCCUCGAGGUUUCGAUUGGACGACAAGGACUACGAGAAGCUUUUCCAAGCCUGGCGAGAUGCGGACGGGAAUGCGAAAGUGGCAGCUUGUAGGUGGCUGCAGCGUGAGGGGACCAAGAGAUGGGGGAGCUGGAUUAGGUUCAGCAAGCAGGUCCGCAUGAUUGAGCACUUUCCGCCGAUGACCGGCUGCUUCCCGACGUUCUACCUUUUUCUACUCUUGACGGUGGGAACGGCUUUCCUGUUCAAGUUGCCACGGCUGCUGUGGACCUGCAAGAAGCGGUGUCGCCGGACUUGUCAAGCCCUGAAUCCGAACUGGGAGCCCACGGACUUGUCGGACAUUGACAGGCGUCAGAAAGAUCGAGCUCUGUACACUCGGGCAGACUUCACCUCCAAACUGGUCGCCUGCAAGCACGCCCAGUUCGUGGAGGUGAAGAUGGCACUUCUGAAAGGCUCGAUGGGCUUUGCGAGCUUCUAUCGUGAUGAAGAGAACUUCUGCCUUGGUAACGGUGAGUCAAGCAUCCCACCGCCCGCUGGAUCAUGUUUCCGGCAGAUCUACACCUCGCCACUGCAGGUUCUAAUCUACAUCAUGACUUCCGGGCUCAUGCGGACAGCAUUUAGUGCGUUGACCUUUGCUUUUGCCACUGGGAUGGUCGGGGCAUUGUUGGCGGAAGUCAGAACAACCAUCGACAAGAAUAAGCAAGUCGACCCAACUCUUCAGGACGAAGAUUGGUACACGUUGUUCCUGAUGAACAUGCAAACAGUGGCCUCAAUCAUGGACGAUUUUAAGUUUCUACCAACUUUCUUCAUCACGUAUAUGAUAGGGCAGGAUGUGACUCGGUGGCUGAAGUGGCUUCAGACAAUGUUCAGCAUCCAGGGUCGACUGCACGACCUUGGCUUGGUGAUUGCAAGCUCGUACCGCAAGCUGAACGAUCCAUGUGUGGGAAAGCAGCAACGGCAAAUGCUGUUCAAAUGGUACAGGUAUCUCAAUGCGAUACACUACUUGGCCUAUUUCAAGCUCGAUCCCCGCAUAGGAACGUCGCCCGACCAAGUUGUACAGGACCUUCGGACCAUGGGCUUGCUCGUGGACAGCGAGUGUUACCAGAUACUGAUGGCCAGUGCAAAGCUACGAGACACCCUCGUUUCCUGGCUUGGUAUUCUGUGGCACGACGAGCUUGAGCGUGGCUUCGUUCAGGUAGCGGACUCGGAUGUAUUUAUGCGAAAAGUUUGUGACCUGCGCGGUAUCUUGGCUUCCCUAGCAGACAUGCCAGACAUGCAAACGAGCCAGCUGGUUCGGGUUAUGAUGGUGGUGGUUACGAACAUCUUGCUGGCGCUGGCCUUGGUUGGUUACCCGACAAAGAUGUACGAAGAGACCAAGCAGUGCUUCCAAUUUUGGCCAUUGGUCGCUUCCUACUUGUACUACGUUUGCUACAGGGGAAUGCUCCAUGUUAUGUUUAUGUUGGACAAAGGGCCUUUCUAUGGCAAAGGGGACUGUGUCAACGUAGAUGCUCUUCUUGUCAGUACAGAGCGCUUCGCCUUCCAUGUGUUCCGCACAUCCUUCCAGGCAUUGCCGUCUGAGUUCAGAUACAUUCGAAAGCAUGAUGAAAUUCGCCCUCUUAGAGAAAGCUACACAACUGAAUGA